AUGACUUCACAGUCCUCCGCGCCACGCAGUUCGUCCAGCUCUGGGCGAUCACAAUCAAGAAGUUCCGUGCCUGAUAAGCAGAUCUCACAAAUUGAAAAGAGCGUCACGCAUCUCCUGAUAGCCACGAAGCAACUGUUAGAAGCCCUGACCGAAUGGUCCCGGAAACAAGCUUCGGAGAACGAGGUAUCCGAUGUCUACGUGCGGCUAGGUUAUGAGUUCAACCUUGCCUGUCGCGCAUUCAAUGCGAUCGGGGUCGACACCUCGGACUUGGGCCCGGUGCCAGACCUUCUCCGGACAAUUCUUGAAGACACCCUUAGCCAGGAUGCCUCCCCGCAGAGCCUCGACCGCUAUCUCCCGCGCAUUCGUGACAUCAUCAUCAACCUUCUUCACGGGCUCAAGAAGAAGCAGGCCCGCUUACGUUCGCGGCAACAGCGAGAGGAAAGUCGGUCAUUACCUGGCCGGCAUGCAAGCGCUGGGAGUGUGACGAGUGGACAGGCGGCGAUGAACCAGGCGUACGAGGAAACAGUUUCCACCGUGUCAUCACCGAAACGAUCAGGUCGUCGUUAUGGAAGUAAUGGCUCUUUGGAAGACCCACCUAGUACGUCACGGACCUCACCAGUGCCGGGUGACACGCGAGGGGGGACCUUCUCAGAACGAGAAGCAUCACGACGAGAGGCACAGAAUAUUCUAUCUCGGUCCUCCCAACCUGAAAGCGACUCUACUCCCAAGGCACCUGCGUCAUCCGUCAAUCCGUCAGACUAUCCCACCCCUCCACCACCGCCUCCGAAGCAAGAUGACGCCAUUGGUGCGCUGCAGAGAAGUGGUGAGCUUGAGAGACGCGCCUCACGAAGGUUCUCCGCGUAUCAGAUACAAAAGCACCUGGGGGCUUCUUCCAGCGGUGUCCCUGUUCUACCGACGCAGCACUCCCCUUUGCCAAAUCGUGGUCGCGACGUUCGUGAAUCGCUGAAUGCUGUUCGUUUACGAGGUUCUUACGCCCACGGCCGACAGCGAUCACAAACAAACCGAUCGCAGGAAACCCCGACGACCAAAACUGCACCGGUGCAGGCACCUCCGAAUGUUCCGAGCAUUGAAGAAGAACGUACUAAGUCACGGGGCGAGGCUUCGGCGUCUGUCUCUGCAAGAGAUUCUCCUACCCCACAAGACAAAGUCCAAAAACGGCCAGACACGGAGACGAUUGAUCUACCUCGCUCUCAGGAGGAGCCCUCCCUUGCUGAUGCAUUUCAACCAGCCAAGGAGAGCAUCCCCGACGCUGUUGCCUCUCCAACAACACCUAAAUCGGAACGUCGGCAGCCACAGUCCGUGUCCACCCCUCCCCAGAGCACUCCAUUUACUGCCGAACAGCCAUCUCCCGGGAAGGAGCUCACCCUGUUCCUACAGUAUAAAAGCAAGAUCAAGAAAUAUGUGCUGCCAGAAGGUUUCACCGGUCUGACGAUUGGAAGGCUCCAGCUGGCUUUCAUCGAGAAAUUCGCCUGGAACACUCACAAUAAUGGGGCUGACUUGCCAGAGAUCUAUAUCCAGGAUCCCGUCUCGGGCGUCCGCCACGAGCUGGAGGAUUUGAACGAUGUGAAGGAUCGAUCAGUCCUGGUGUUAAAUGUCGAUAUUCUUGAUGAGGUGAAGAAGCAUUUUGACGAUGAGUUUGGUGGUGUCCGCCGGUUGAUUGAAGGCGUCAAGGAUGCUUUGACCGGCCAAGAGAGUGUGAUGCAGCGUGUGUCCGACCGCCAGCUCGAAGCGGCCAAGGAAAUGGCUCGUCUAGCUGCGGCACCUCCGGUAUCUGUUUCUAGUGCAAAAUCGGGGGGACCUUCUAAAGGUUCAAUUGCAGGCAGCGACAGCCAACUUGCAGAACUCCAGAGCCUCAGGCGUGAUAUUGCCGUGCUGCGACAAACUUACUCCAACUUUCAGUCGGAUAUCGCAAGUUCGAUGAACGCGAUCCGUACCAAGGCCAGCGGUGUGAAAUCUGCUGCCACGGAAGUAUCUUUACCUUCUUUCGAAGGUGAUGCAGGACGUGCACGCGUCAAUUCGGGAAAGAAGGAACUUGGUGAAGAAUCGGAACGCCUUGUCGCACGUGUGGAUGACCUUCAGGAUCUGGUGGAGGACCUGCGCAAAGAUGUGGUGACUCGUGGAGUGCGGCCGCUGCCGCGCCAAUUGGAAAGUGUCGGCAAGGAUAUCAGUGCUGUGACGAAGGAGAUUAAAAAGAUGCAGGAAUUCCUCAAGCGAGAGAAACCCAUCUGGACCAAAAUUUGGGAGAAAGAGCUACAACUCGUAUGCGAGGAACGUGACCAACUCACUAUGCAAGAAGACCUUGCAGCCGACCUGCAGGAUGAUGUGGAAAAGGCCGCCCAGACAUUCGCUCUUGUUGAGCAGGCUACCAAAGAACAAGCAAUGCAGAACAACCCCAGUAACGGGGUCACUCUCCGAACUACAUCUCGUAAUGUGGUCAUCGACCCUGCAGUGGAUCCGAUGAAAGCGAAAGACAGCGUCCUAGGCGAAGUUCGUGCGCUGCAACCGAAUCAUGAAUCACGCCUUGAGGCGAUUGAAAGAGCAGAGAAAGCACGACAGAAAGAACUAGAGAAUCGCCGGAUCGGCCUCUUCCAAAAGGAACUAGGAGCAUUUGUGGAAGAGGGUAAGCUGAAAAAGAGUGGUGGGGUGGAAGAGGCCGAACGGCUUCGUCGGGCCAAAGAUGAUCGCAUCCGCAAGGAGGUGUGGGAGAGACAACAAGCUCGAGCAGCAGAGAUGGAGAAAGCAGAGGCGGAAGCAGCAGCUGCACAAGCCGAACAAGCUUCUCAGGCAGAUGCUAACCCAACAGAUGAUGCUGAAGCAAAGGUUGAGGAUGGCGCAUCAGAUACUGGAGAAGAAAGGGAAGCAUCGUCCCCUAAGGGAAAGGAGCCUAUCUCUGAAGAAGUCGAGGAAACUGAGAAUAAAAAGGAGGAGAGCGAGCCGGCAAAGAAUGAUGAAGACAAACCGACUCAGCCGGAGACUUCAUGA